GGGCGGGGCGGCGCGGGGCGGGCCGUGCGCGGCAGCACGUCCGGAGCGGGGCGGGACGAGCCCGGGACGGCCCCGCGGCGCUGACAGCCCGCGGCUGGGCUCCAGCGGCUCGGUGCGAUUCGCUGCGGAUCGGCUCGGUUCCGAACGGAUCGGAGCGGUUCCGAACGGAUCGGAGCGGUUCGGGCUCGUUUCGGAGCGGGUCGGCUUUGCCGAGCCGCAGUUCGGAGCAGCUCGGUUCGGAGCGGUUCCGUUCGGUUCGAAGGGGUUCGGCUCUGUCAGCUCCCGGUUCGGCUCGUCUCGGAUAGACUCGGCUGAGUUCGGAGAUACUCGGCUCGGAGCGGCUCGGCGCGCCUCGCCUCCUCGCCGCCAGCCCGCGGCUCGGCUUAGGUCGGCGCAGCUCGGCUCGGUUCAGUUCGGUGCCCAGCGUAGCUCGGCUCAGUUCGGCUCAGCUCGGCUUGGUUCUUCAGAGCAGCUCGGCUCGGUUCAGAGCAGCUCCGCGCUGUCAGCCCGCGGUUCGGCUUGGCUCGGAGAGACUCGGCUCGGCUCAGCCUGGUUCGGCCCGGGAUGGCGGUGCCGGAGCCGGACGCGCGGCUGGCGCAGGAGAAGGAGGAGGAGAGCGAGGAGGAGAGCGAGGUGCUGGAGGAGAGCCCCUGCGGGCGCUGGCACAAGCGCCGCGAGCAGGUGAACCAGGGCAACAUGCCUGGCAUCCAGAGCACCUUCCUGGCCAUGGACACAGAGGAGGGUGUGGAGGUGGUGUGGAACGAGCUGCUCUUCACUGACAAGAAGGCCUUCAAAGCUCAUGAGGAGAAGAUCAAGACCAUGUUUGAGCAGCUGGUGCUGGUGGAUCACCCCAACAUCGUGAAGCUCCACAAGUACUGGCUGGAUGUGAAGGACUUGAAGGCUCGGGUCAUCUUCAUCACGGAGUACGUGUCCUCGGGGAGCCUGAAGCAGUUCCUGAAGAAGACCAAGAAGAACCACAAGGCCAUGAAUGCCAGGGCCUGGAAGCGUUGGUGCACCCAGAUCCUGUCUGCCCUCAGCUUCCUGCACUCCUGUGAGCCUCCCAUCAUCCAUGGCAACCUCACCAGUGACACCAUCUUCAUCCAGCACAACGGGCUCAUCAAGAUUGGCUCUGUCUGGCACCGGGUGUUUGCAAAUGCGCUGCCGGACGACCUGCGGAGCCCAAUCCGGAUCGAGAGGGAGGAGCUGCGCAACCUCCACUUCUUCCCCCCGGAGUACGGCCAGAAGACAGACGGGACGGCUGUGGACAUCUUCUCCUUUGGGAUGUGUGCCCUGGAGAUGGCCGUGCUGGAGAUCCAGAGCAACGGGGACACGAGGGUCUCCGAGGAGGCCAUCGCGCGGGCACGGCACUCGCUGGACGACCCCAACAUGCGGGAGUUCAUUCUGUCCUGCCUGACCCUCAACCCAGACAAGCGACCCACAGCCAACAGUCUGCUCUUCCACCGGGUGCUCUUCGAGGUCCACUCCCUGAAGCUGCUUGCAGCUCACUGCUUCAUCAACAACCAGUAUCUGAUGCCAGAGAACGUGGUGGAGGAGAAGAUCAAGGAGCUGGACCUGAACAUGGUGAUGGCAGAGAUCCGCAGGGAGGGUCGGCCUGGGGUGCAGUGGAGGUACUCGGAGGUCUCCUUCCUGGAGCUCGACAAGUUCCUGGAGGAUGUCAGGAAUGGGAUCUACCCCCUGAUGAACUUCGCCGUGUCCAGGCCCCAUGCCCUCCCCCGAGUGCUCUCCCAGCCCCAGGAGGACCCUCAGAAGGCCAAGACUCCCACCCCAGAGCCCUUUGACGUGGAGACCAGAAAGGUGGUGCAGAUGCAGUGCAACAUGGAGCUGAACGAGGACAAGACCCAGUGGCAUCUCACCCUUCUGCUGAUCCUGGAGGACAAGCUGCACCGCCAGCUGAGCUAUGACCUGCUGCCCACUGAUAACUCCAAGGACUUGGCCACAGAGCUGGUGCACUAUGGGUUCAUCCACGAGGAUGACUGCGAGAAGCUGGCGACCUUCCUGGAAAAUGCCUUCCACAAGCACCGCUCCCCUCCCCUGUGAGCCUGCGCCCGGCGCCGCAGCAGAGCC